UUGUCCAGGGCGGCGCUGUGGCGCGGGUGAGGUGCGUCGCGGCCGCGGCCGUUGCCGUGUGUGUGCGUGUGUGUGUGCGUAUGUGUGUGUGUUUGUGUGUGUGUGUGGGGAGGAGAGCGAUUCUCUCGCGAGGAAGGACGCCAUUAUCGGAUUUUAACAAACAAGAAACGAGAAUUGAACGUGAAAUAAUUGUUUGGAUUGGUGGUUACUUCCUGGUGGUAACCAGAUGAUGUCAGAACACGAUUUGACAGAUGUGGUUCAGAUUGCAGUUGAUGACUUGACCCAUGAUCAAGCAGAAGUUUUAGAAAAUCAAAAGCCCGAACAUGGGAUUGUGGAACCAACUCUGAAACGUAAACGAGUCGAAGUUUCAAAUGGACAUCCUAGCCAGGAUGCCACAAUAAAGUCCAUUCUUUUUGACAUUAAUCAAGCCAUUUGUUUACGUCUUGAUAGUAUUGAAGCCAAAAUCCAGGCUGUGGAAGCAACAUGUAAAGCUAUUGAAGAAAAAAUAGACUUGGCUCUUAACAAACAAAAUAGUCCUAUCCAGGUUCCUAUGGUGGCAGGGUCUCCUCUGGGAGCAACACAGACAUGGAACAAAGUCCGCAGCACUGUACCGCAGAUGACAGUAAUCUUAAAUCGUGAUCGACAGAACCCUGCUAGUUCCAAAGUUGCUGGACAGGAUGAGCAUUUGAAUAGAGGAACUGAUGCUUUGGACAGUGUUCUCAACAAUUCUUCAACAGGUCGUAGACAGAACACAAUCAUUGUGAAGAUUCCUGGCCAUGAAGAUAGCCAUACUGAGGAUGUAGAAAGUGGGUCUGAAACAAGUGAUACCGUUUCAAACAGUGGUCAAUCAGGAGGCCAGAACUUGGCAUCCAAUGUUACCCUCAUCACAUUGAACUCUGAAGAGGAUUAUCCUAAUGGAACAUGGCUUGGUGAUGAGAAUAACGCUGAGAUGCGAGUGCGGAGUCCUAUCACUGCUGCUGACAUGCUACAUGUUGCUACAGUUUGUAGAACAGCUGAGAAAAUGGCACUAACACUGUUGGACUACCUCUUCCAUCGUGAGAUACAGGCUGUAUCCAAUCUCUCAGGUCAAGGAAAACAUGGCAAAAAACAGCUGGAUCCUUUAAUGAUCUAUGGGAUUAGAUGUCACCUUUUCCAUAACUUUGGAAUCACAGAAUCAGACUGGUAUCGAAUUAAACAGAGCAUAGACUCCAAAUGUCGAACAGCAUGGCGCAGAAAGCAGCGAGGACAGAGUUUGGCAGUAAAGGGUUUUGCCAGAAGGACGCCCUCUUCUUCAGUUAUGAAUGGAACAGAAGGGGGAAUUCAGGGAUCAAUGUCACCUGAAGAUUUACAGCAGAGCCAGUCUCAGACUCUCCAUUAUGCGUUGGCAAAUGCUCAGCAGGUUCAUAUCCAUCGCAUUGGGGAAGAUGGACAAGUCCAACAAGUAGCCGUACAGGGACACCUGCAUAUUGCUCAGGUACCACAGGGAGAACAGGUACAAAUUACGCAGGAUAGUGAGGGUAAUCUUCAGAUACACCAGGUCCAUGUUAGUCAGGAUGGGCAGGUGUUGCAGGGUGCACAAUUAAUUGCAGUGGCAUCUGAACAUCCAGCCAGUACUGUAGAUGGAUCACCUCUUCAGGGAAAUGACAUCCAGGUGCAAUAUGUACAACUUGCACCAGUAACAGAUCACAACACACCAGCUCAAGGAACGGAAUCUCUGGCAGCCACGAUCCAGCCUGAAUUGCAAAUUGAACAUGGAGCGAUCCAGAUUCAACAAGGAGAAAAUGGUGAAGUUGUUCAAAUCCAGAUGCCCGUCAACACUGUCAGCAGUUAAAACCAAAUUCACAAAACUUUAAUAUUUGAAGGAAAUAAGAACGAACUGUACAAAACAACAUCUACAGUUGAGUAGUGGGCCAUACGUUGCACAGAGAAACCUGGGACUCCUUGAUGUGUCUAAUCUCACAAAACAAAACGAAUAAAGCAUAUAUGUCCCUCCUUUGAGAAACAUAAAGAUUAUUUCGAAAUCAUUUGAAAAAAUUAGUUUUCUGUAUCAGAUUAAAUCUAUUCUUUGUUCUGGACAUUGAGAUCAAGAGUUAACCACACGUCAGAAAGAAAAGAAAAAUGUUAGCUUUUACUAUUCAUAUUGUAUUUUUCAGAUGUCUAGUAUAAUUGCAGUCGUCUUUUCAUUGCUACUGAAAUAUUUUUGUCCGAAAUACAGAAUAUGUGUAACCACACAAAUGCUUUGUUUGAAGUUUUGAAAAUAUGUAUUUAUGAAUUGUAUGUUACAUUACAAUUACAAUUCAGGGAGCUUUUUUUUGUUAUCAUUUGCAGUUGAUGCUGCUUGUAAGGCAGAAACAAUUUUGCUUUUUGUGACUAAUUCUUGAUUUUUUUUCUGUCAUUGAUUAAGGUCACUUGUUCAAAUUAUUGUGAAAGGAAUAAUCCUCCUUUUGUGAAGGACCCCAUUUCAUUCUCACAAAGAGCGUCAAAUGAUGUGACUUUCAACCAACAUCAAAGAAAAUGGCAAAAUUGCUGUUAUUCUGUUCAGCGGUAACAAAUCUAAAGGCUUCGAUCUAUAGAAAAAUGCUUGAAAAGAGCUUAUUAAAUCAAUAGAAAACCCAUCCAA